UACUGUGUGAUACGGACAGUAAAAAAUAUUAAAACAUCAAAAUAGAGCACUGAAAAUAGUAUACGAAUUACACUUACAAUGCGCAUUACACCAAAAUGAAUCAGAGGCACUCGAAAGCAAACACUAACGUAUACAGACAUGGAUAUAUGGAUAGGUACAUAAUUCCACAGCCAAAGUUUCUUCAUAGUAUUUCUCGUCUUAUCAAAUUGGCAAAACAAAUUUCCUGUCUCAGUAGUAAACUUCGGUUUGAGCGAAAACAUUCUGUGUGAAUAGCAUUUUGAGUUGUGUAGAUAAACGGAAAAGCGUAGUACCAAUGUCUCUUUCCCAAAACCCUGGAACCAUUCAUAUUGCAUCCGAAGGUGUGAUUCAAACUGUAAACGAUGCUUCUAUAUACGUGCUAAAUCAAAAUACAAGUGACGUCGCAACGGUUGUUCAUCUAAAUGAUUUCAAUGAUGAUGAUACAUCUAUUUGUACCGAUUCGACUAUUAGCGAGACGGCAAAUAAUUCGUUUGAGCUGUGCAAUAACGGAUCGAGAAUUCUAGAAAGUAUAGGAGAUCAGCGACAUGUCACGUACAGCAAUAUACAUAUUGAGAAUUCCAGUGAUAUAUUACUUGGUACCAAGGCAAUUUUUAACGAGCCAGUGGUCAUUCAACAAGUUCAACAGUUAGUAGUGAGCAGCGAUAGUCGAAUACUAAACCAUAACCAACAACAUGUCGCUUCACCAGACAGUAUAUGCACUAAUAAAGUAACGGAAAAUCAGCUUUGUUGCUGUUUCAAAACGAACAUCGAUCGAUCAACAUGUAGAUUUCGAGCCAUGUUGAUUGCAAUUGCCCUCUUAUCCCUUUUAAGUUCAGCGGCUGUAGCUGGCUACUUCUUAUAUGUCCAUAUUGCAGCACUGUACGCUGGAGCCAUAUUUGUGUGUAAAACAAAUGGGACAGACUCUUGCUACAUUGGGAGUAGUACGUUUGCUUGUAGCAACUUAGUUUCAUCCGAUGACCGUCCCUAUAUUAGUGGACAUACCACGGCUGAUAUUUGUAAAAUUUAUUCACAAAGAAAUUGUGUUGGUGGUAUGCAACGGAUAGGGACGAAUCACACUAUUUUCGAUUUUGAUGCGCUGUCGGCUUGUUGCUAAGGAUUUAGGUUUAGAUUUAAGGUACAAAUUAGAUAAGAUCGAAAGAUGUCCAAAAAAUAUUU